CACACCGUCACACACACUGAUCAAACCGUCAGAGCUGCGCGAGGAGGCACACACUGAUGCACGUGGAAACCAACAGACACAAACAGUCACCAUGAGUAUCAACUACUCGUCCGCGGCGCCCGUGCAGAGGUCCACGUCGUUUUUUAUUGAGGACAUCUUGUUGCACAAACCCAAGCCUCUGAGAGAGGUCCUCCCCUCUCCCUUCUGCGGCUCCCUGGCCUCCCGCGUCCCCCUCCUGGAGUACGGAUACCCUCUGAUGCCCACCCCGAUACUUGCCCCGCAUCCGCACCACCCGCUCCAUAAGCCGGAGCACCACCAGUACUUCUUCACAUCAGGGAUGCAGAUGCCGGCCCUGUUCCAGCACCACUCAGAGUUACCAGGGAAGCACUGCCGGCGCAGGAAGGCCCGGACGGUGUUCUCCGACUCGCAGCUGUCCGGCCUGGAGAAGAGGUUUGAGGUCCAGCGGUACCUGUCCACCCCCGAGAGAGUGGAGCUGGCCACGGCGCUCAGUUUGUCCGAGACACAGGUAAAAACGUGGUUUCAAAAUCGGCGGAUGAAGCACAAGAAGCAGCUGAGGAAGGCGCAGGACGAGCGGAAGACCCCCGGCGGGGAGCUGGACAGAUCCGCGGACAACUCGAGUGAGAGCGAGCUGACCGACAGUAAGAGCGGAGCAGAGGAGCUCACACAACACGGACUGCAGCCGGACGCUUUCAUGAUGGACGAGAACGACGACGACGUGGACAUCGAGGAUGACGUUUGUUCCCCGGAUCACCUUCUAUAGUAGGCUGCAGAGCUGUUCAAUCAGCAGCGUUCACUCUGUAAUAUCCUGUAUAUGAACUGUAUUUUAAACUUUAAUUACACAAAUGAAAUAUUACAAUAUUGUUUUAAUAAUAAUUUAAACACGCAUAAUGGACCCAUUUUUUUUAUAUAACUGACUCUUCUCUCAAUGUAGCUUAUACCAGAAUGUUCGUGUAGUGAGG